CGUCUCAGCCCCGGCUGCAGUGACAUCCAUUUCCUGUGGGCGUGCACUAAUACGUGGAUUACACUUAAGACCUCUCGCCCUCUCAAUUAGUACUGGACUUGAUACUAACAUUGCUGAAAGCUGACAAACCUGCAUAAAAACUCCCAGAAAACAUUAUUAAAAAAAAACACGACUUACUAUGUAGUGUUGUACCACGAGCAAUAUAUAAAAGACGAGUGAGGGAGAAAAAGAAAGACCAUAAAUAUUUCCAAAAUCUGGUAAAAUUAAAUCAACACGCAUAGACAACCAAUGCGAAAAUUAUAAUUUGGUGUUUAAUGCCAUAGAACAAUCGUCAAAUAGUGUAUAGAGGACAAAAUAAAUAAAAGAUCAAGUGCGGUCCUGGACGAGAGACGAGACCCCGGCACGGCGCCACCAGCAAGCAUGGCAGGGGCAGACCUGAAGGAGCGGCUGCACGGGCCCGAGCCACUGUGUGUGCGGUUGAAUGUGGCAGAGAAAGCCUUCCUGGCCCCAUUGAAGGCACCGGUGGCACAGAAGGAGGAUGUGGUCAUCCUGUGGCUGACCAAUCUCCUCACCAACAAGGCGGUGGCGCUGACCACAGAGGAGCAGGUGGCAGCCUGGACAACACUAAGCACCCUCCUUGGCUCCCAGCGCCUCAAGGCUCUCUGCUCCAUCAACUGGGUCUGUCCCGUCACCUCCUCCUUCACUGAGAAUUUAGUUGAUGUCAUAAACAGCAGCGCCGACACAGCACUGCGGGAGAAGGCAGUCAUUGUGUGUCACUGCCUCAUGUCCAACCCAGUGCUGGCACCGCUGGUCACUCACUCACUCAGCCACUGUCUGCUGCUCUGCAAGGGUCUGAUUGCCUGGCUGCUGGAAGGCCACUUGGGGGAUGCCAACGUGGCUGUCACCUCGUUGCUGAUUGGUGAGGUGGGGACACGCCUGCAGAGUCACCUGGACAAAGUCAAAGUCAUGACCAGUGUCACUGGGCACCUGCUGCUUUCCUCGGCCAGACUCGCUGUGUCUGCCAGGGCUGAUGAGAGGAAAGAGAUGCAGGAUUUGUUGAAAGAGUUAAAAUCACUACUAGCCACAAGUUUGUUUCAUAGUGAACUAGUAAAAAACUACAGUACUGCAUUCACACUCAUCUUUUCUGAGACAAAAGCUAUAUUGAAUGAUGAGAUUAUUGAAUUUCUACAAGUAAUUGUUUCAUACAUUGAGAGUGAGCCAGUUGAGGUGAUGCAGUUUCUACUUGCACAGAUAUUUUCCUUGUUCAUGAUGAAGUUCAAGGCUCAUAAAAUCAUGCAUUGCCAGCUGCUGGUGGUUCUGUGUCAUGCACUGGGCAUCACCAUUCAGAACCCCAAGGUGCCUUCCUUGGUGCAGAAUAGUUUUGCUGCUCAGAAACUAAGAAUAAGUUAUAUUAAUGGCAGGAAGAAGGAAGUUCUCUUGUACUCUUUAAUGUGCGUCCUUCAAGACGCCUCGCUGAACAUUACGAAGGACGGAGACAUCGACCUGGUGCUGAAGAGUGUGGGGGAGACCCUGGUGAAGGCUGCUCCGGUGUGCAGUGCGGGGUACAAGUGCCUACAGGUCCUGCUGGCUCUCAUCCCACAGUUCAUGAGCAACUUGAUCAUGAAGAAUGUGUGGAACAUUUACUGCUGCAAGACACCAGAUAACACUGCUGCUGUGGAGGAGCUGUACUCCAGCUAUGAUGACCUGCUGUGUGGGGUGCUGGAGGUAUGUGUCAAGCUGAGGAACCUGCCCAAGAUGUUUGAAAAGAUGCUCUCUGCCCUGAAGGAGAAGAGUGCAGAACUCAAGGACCAUGUGAUCAUUCCAGAGUCUCUUCAUGCACAUCAGGAAAGGUUGAUCUUCCCUCCCAGGUUCAUUGCAUCACUACGGAGAACACUGUCUGGCCUGAGCCACAGACAAGUGCUGCCUGUGUGGAAGUCCAUCCUCUCCUUCCUCACCAAGGAGAGCACUGUGCUCCUCAAAACUGCAGCCAAGCAAGGUGACCUGGAGUUUGUGAGCCUGGUGGUGUGGGUCCUGGCAGUGGUGGUGGAGGCCAGCCCCUCCUUGCAGGUGGCAACUGUGGCUGGGGACGCUGCAGGCCUGGCUGACGUCAUGACACAGAUUGCCAUCUCUGGAAUCAAGCCGCUGGUGACUGUCAUGCUCACUCAGCCACAUAAUAACAAUGUGUGUACCAGCUUCCUGGUGAUGUGCCACACGUGGGGUGAGCUGCACACCAGCCUGCUCACCACAGAUGUCGGUUACCGAGAUUGGCCAGCACUGCCCAAGGUGGUUCCCUUCAAUCCAAGCCCACCAACAGACAUUUCUCACCUGUUUCCUUUCAUCCCUUCUGAUGCAUGGGCUCAAAUAUCUGCCAGAGUUGCUAACUUUGGGAACAGUGCUGCCAAGUUGGCUUUGGUGCAGUUAGUCAUUCAGAAGUUCAGCCAAGCCUCCCUGGAGCAGCACAAGGGGGCACUCUCCCAGGACACAGCCACAGAGCACACAGGGCAGGUUGUCAUCCAGACCACCAUGGACAUUGCUGGCAAGUACCUCACCAACACUCUGGACUACUGGGGCAGCAAUGUGUCCUGCCUCUUAACUGUGCACCUGACAUACCUUCUGCCAUUCCUGCACACAACCCAUCUGGCCGUGAUAUCCAGGCACCUUGUGAAUGGUGUAAAGGAAGGAGACAAGUCCUGGAGUGAGUACAUCAAUAGUCGGCACUUUGAAGAAGCCAGCCAGUUGCACCCACUGGUGUUUUCAGACAUCUGUGCUGUUCUGGCCACCAUGUUUGGCUCCAAUAAGAGGAAGCUUUCAGAGUGUGAGGAUGGCCCCCCAGCUAGCAAGAGUUACUCUCUGAAGCUCUUGAAGAAAAUGAGCAAGGCUGCACCUUUGCUUGUUGAAUUUGACUCUGUGAAAGAGGAAGAGAAUGCUUUGUGGAAAUUAUAUGAAGAAUGUGGAGACUGCUUGAGGAAACUAAUAGAGAAAGAGCAGAGCCAGUCCUGCUCUGUGCAGAGGUGUAGCAUGGCAGAGUUCAAAGCCUUGAUUCAGUUGAUAAAAAAAUUUCCCCUUCACCAUUUAAACAAGAACUUGAAGACUGGUGUGCAUCUGGUCCUGUUUUCCCUCAUGAUACAGGAGAGCAACCAGGCCAGAGAAGAGCUUUUCUUUGACAUUGUAUCGACACUGAAUCAAGCGCUGGGAUACCUUGGCACAUUCAGACUCUUUUCCAUCACCAAGGCCAGCAGUAUCAUGCAGUGGCUCAUUGAGAAGAGAGCCUCUCUGUAUGGCUCCAUGUUGUCACAACACAUGGCAAACCUUCCCCAUGCACUGCUCAAGGCAAAUGGCACUUACGCUGCAAAGUUUAUGGACAGACAAUAUUUAUCUCCAGACUUACAAAACCGAUACAACUUUGACCACCUGCUUGUGUACCUCACUUUCAAGCUGACAUGGACCACCAAGGUGGCUGACCAGGUGAAGGAGCUCGCCGAGUACAUCACCUCAGGCUCCUCCAUUGCCACCGAGUCGUUGCUGCAGCCUGCUGUGUUCCUGCUGGCAGCAUGCCAUCUGAAAGGGAAUGCCUGUUGUAAGUGGGCCAAGCAACAUCUGUCAACUUGGAUACUGCGCUACCUGAAGAAGAUGGACCUGGACACCACCUGCUCUGCCACGGCCGCCACAGUGCUCACAGCUCACACCAUCAUCGUGCAGGCUUUGGCUCCCUCCCUCACAGCAGUCAAGGCAAAGGAGGAGGCUAAGAGUUCAGAAGACAAUGCUGGUGAGGCUAAGGAUGAGGAAACCAAAGAAGAUGCAGUGCCCAUGGAAGACAGUGGGAAGAAACUUAAAUGGAAAAAGCUUUUGGGACGCAGUGUUCAGUUAUCAGAGUUGUGCUUGUCAUCUGGGAACAAGGAGCUAGAAGAAUAUGCCCUUGCCUUUCUUCUAACAGUAUCAAAACACUCAGGUGUUCUAAAUGCUUACCUCCCACCUCAGCUCUUAACCACAGCCUGGUCAGCGCUGUCCCUCCCUGACCGCUGUCCCUCAGGCAUUGACACAGAUGUGUAUACCAAAGUGUCCCUGGAGCCUGUGCUGUUGACUGCUUCUCCUGAGGACUAUGAGAAGCUGCUUGAGGACCUGGUGAUACGGACACACAGAGGCGGUGCUCAGUUAGGUCACACACUGCAGCUGUGGAGGCUUGUGAUCAAUUCCAUGGCCACUGGUGCUAAUGGGUUCUUGAAGCGCACUGCUCUUGAGCACCUCAUCCCCAUCUUGGUGCACCUGGCCACCUCCCAGCCUACCAGUGGACCGCCAGACUGCUCUGUCCUGCAUGGCGUCCUUCUCACUCUGCAGGAAAUUAUUCAGACGACCAUUUCAUUUGAGGACCAAACUAAAGCCCACCUCCUCAUGCCAUGCACUGCCAUCCAGCUGCACAAGUUACCACACCACAAUUUCUGCCAGAUUUUCAACACGGCAGUCAACAUUGUGAACAGUGUGGUGGUGAGUCACAGCAGUGUGGUGGUGGAGCGCACUCCCACUGUGCUGGCCGCCAUUGCCCACCUCACCACUGCACUCAUCACACAGGCCAGCCAGGAACACAAGCUAGAGGACCAACAGAUAAAAGAGCUGGUGGGAUGCAGCAGCAACAUAGAGCGGCUGGUGAAGCAACUUGAUGCGUUCAAGGUGAAGCUGAACAAGGUGGUGCACUUCACUAUGGCAACGAUUGUCAUUGCCCUCCAGCGCACCACUGUGUACCCUGCUGUCAAGAUGGUGAUAGAGAGCAUUGUGUACCGGCUGCUAGACCUGUGUGACUCCUAUUGCCUGCAGCACUUGUUGGUUGCCUUGCCCCCUGCCACCACCACCCUGCUCAAGCACCUUCAUGAUAACUACUCCACCUUCCACCGCUACAACCCCGGUAAAGCGUAGUGUGGGUCUUGGUGUUAGUGAUGGUAGAGUGGGAAUGGGAUGGGGUUGUUGUGAACUUUUUCUAUGUUAGGGAAGGGAGGUUGAAAUUUUGGGAUGAUGAUGGGCCAUCUGCAUUUUGUUUUGUUAUGGUUUCUUGCUUUGUUUUAUCUAAUUUUGUUUAAUGUCUCUUUUUUUUUCUCCUAAGUAAUAUUUACCGUUUUGCUAAUGGUCAAAAAGAAACAGUUUAUGGUUAACACAUACAGUCAUUUCUUUAAGAGCAACAUUCACUUAAUUUCAUCUAAAGAACCAUAACUUAGAGAUCUACUAAGAACUUAUCCCAUUGGCUUCCUAUUAUCAUGAACUCAGUGUAGUGCUGCUGUUUUGUUAGCCAGGAGCAUCACAUUUGUCACCGCAGUGUUGGUUGUUGCCUCAAGUGAGUCACUCUUCAUACUGGGAUUGGUUGCAGUGGUCAGGUUUUAUAAAUAUGAUCUAAGUUACUGAGAGAUGAGUCAUAGCUAAGUUGUCCUCCCUGAACUGUUGUCUUGAUAAGUGAUAUAACCUUUUGAGUAAGGUUUUGAGUCAUAUAAUUUACUUUUUUUAUUGCAUUUUACUCUAAGCAGAUGGUUCAUGAAUGUAUUUUUUUUCCACAUAAAUUGUUAUAAAA